AUGGAGGCCAGUGCCAAAAUUGUUGCAGCAAUCUUUAUCUUGUGCUCAAUCUUCCCUCCACUGGCCUCAUCAUUCUUCAUAUUUCCAAACAUUUUUGGCCUAAGAGGUGGAAUAUUCAAUAUGCCUCCUGUAUAUGAUCCCAGAUUUCAAACACCAAAAGACGAACCAAUGCAUGAGACCCCGGAAUAUGACGAAGGCCAUCAUACCAGAAACAAAGGUGGAAGAGUCCAAAAAUCCCCGAAACAGGAUCACGAUCAGGAUUGGAACCGAGGUGAAAGAGUGAAAAAAUCCCCAAAAAAUGAUCACAACCAGGAUAGGAGCGGAGGAGGAAGGGUCAAAAAAUCCCCGAAUAAUGGUAUCCAAGGUGGGAGCAUCAGAGAAAUACCUAAAGAUGAUGGUCCUGAAAAUAACCAAGGUGGCCUGCGUGUAGGAUUCUACGACCAGACUUGCCCACGAGCCGAGGAGAUUGUGAAAGAGGUUCUCUCUAUGGCUGUCCAGAACAAUUCAGGCGUUCCUGCUGGCAUUCUUCGCCUUCAUUUCCAUGACUGUUUUGUCAAAGGAUGCGAUGCCUCACUUUUGUUGGACCAGAUACCUUCCCUUGAGCAAGUGGAGAAGCUAGCCGUUGAAAAUACUGACAGUCUCGUAGGCUUUGAAGUUAUUGACAUGGUGAAGGCACAGCUUGAGCAGGAAUGCCCCGGCGUUGUGUCCUGCGCCGACAUACUAGCAUUUGGAGCCCGGGAUUCUCUUGUUCUAUCGGGUCUCCAGAAUUAUGACGUGGCAGGUGGCCGGCGUGAUAGCCUCACUUCCCGGAAAGUCGAUGUCAAUGGCAGUCUCCCACAUCCUAAUUGGCCUCUUGAUCAAAUGGCACAGAACUUCCUCAACAAAGGCCUGACCAUAGAAGACAUGGUGGUUUUAACUGGUGCCCACUCAAUUGGUGUUGCUCACUGUCCUACAUUUUCUUAUAGAGCUUCAGCACCUGAUGCAGAUAAAGUCAUGGAUGCCAAUCUCCUCGGGUAUGUCAGAUUCACAUGCGGAGCGGAAAACAGUAAGGCAUAUGUGGCUUUUGACUCCGUGACAUCGUACAAUAUGGAUGUCGAGUUCUACAAGCAGAUUUUAAAUAAAAAAGCGCUGCUUGAAUCGGAUAAUGCCAUAGCUAAUGACCCCAAAACAAGUUAUCUUGUGAAAAGUUUAGCUUUGGAUCAAGACGGAUGGAGUCAAAAGUUUGUUAAGUCAAUGACUCGAAUGGGGAGGAUAGAAGUGCUGACAGGAACACAAGGGGAGAUCAGGAAACAGUGUCGAUUUGUUAACUAA